CGGGUGAACAGACAGAUGGGUGAGGUAAGAAAAUGAAGAGAUGUGAAGAAAGAUAAGCGCGAGUAAGGAACAAAAGCGGGAAAGAUGAUGUCAAAACGAGAGAGAGGGAGAGAUUGAAGCUGAAACAAAAGGAAAAGGAUGGGAAACGUAAGUAGUAAGGGGGACUUUUUCACCGCUUACACCGGGUCGCAUCAAAUUUUAUCACCCGCAGACAAUGGUACGGAGGAACUGGCGCUGUAGUAAUUCGUUCUGCGACUACUUGGUGACGCGAUCCUAGCUGACGCUUGGUUAUCCCUCCCCCAACGUUGUGUUUGUCCUGGUCGGGACUGUUUAUGGUGUGUCAGCGGGCCAGCAACCGACCGCAGCCAAACUGGCUCUCUUAGCAACGGCCCCGCCUCUCUGUAGCCGAAAUACUAGUUGCUGGACAUUCUCAACCAGGUGAUGUUUUUGCUGUGAUUUCAAAAUGGGAUCUUGCAUUCUCUCAUCUGUUAUUGCAUCAUUGAACGCUUCAACAUCAGAAUUCAACCCAACAGAAACUAAAAGAUUAUUUCGGUAGUAAGAAUAUGGACUCGCUAGCAGCCGACACCCAGCAAAUGCCUUGCCCAACUGCAGACUUAUCAGUAACAGCUUCCCAGAAGCCGUACUCUGGGGUUACUUCCCCUCUAGUAUCACCCGAUGUUCCAACUUGUUAUUCACAGUUACCCCCCUUGCCUGUAUUGCCAUCUGAUGGCACUCCACCGGAUAACUGCCAAAAAUUAAACUCGGGGAACAAUUCAAACCGAGUACAAGUGAAAACAGAUCCGGGGGAGAUGACUAACCCAGAAAGUACAUCGACCAAAAAAAAGUCAUCGACAAAAAGCUCUGAAAAACCUUUCAAUUGCACCAUGUGUGGGCAGCACUUUGCACGUAAAGACACUCUGCAGUGUCACAAGCGGACACAUACUGGCGAGAGACCAUACUCUUGCGAUUCGUGUCCAUUACAUUUUGCCCGACGCGAUACGCUGCAGUGCCACCGUCGAACUCAUAGCGGUGAGCGUAGGUUCACUUGUGAAGUGUGCCUGCAGAAGUUUGCUCGCAGGGACACACUCCACUGCCACCAGCGGACUCACAGCGGUGACAAGCCAUUCAGCUGUGACUUGUGCAUUCAGAAAUUCGCCCGACGUGACACCCUGCUCUGUCAUAGACGAACACAUUCUGGUGAGAAACCGUUCGUGUGUCAGUUUUGCGGGAAAAGGUUUGCACGCACAGACAAGCUGCACCGUCACAAGCGCACCCAUCUUCGAGGUAAUCCCACCACAACACCUGGCUCUCAUUAUAAUCAGAAUACAGCAUCUAACUUAAGUGCUGGUAACAACCUGCAUUGCAACAACAGCAGUUGCAACAGUAGCAACUGCAGCCUUAGUGCUAUGCAAGGUCCUUGCAAUGACAAUUGCCUAAAUUACAACAAUAGUAGCUCAGGUGCAAAUACACCAUGUACGAGUGCACUCUGUAAUAGCUCAAUGGGUUGCACCUACCACUGUAAUGGUAGUGGAUGCAAUCAGGUAAUUCCUGCAAAUGUGCAGUGCAAUGUAUCAGGGUGCAAUGGAAUUUCAUGUAACAGUAACAUUUCCAACAGUGUGCCAUGCUGCCCAAACAUGAUCAACACAAGCGGUUCUUGUGGAAACAGCAACAUGUGCCUCACUUCCAACAGCCCCCAGUGCCAUGACAGAAGUUCUGCAUCUGUCAGCACAGACACUACAACUGCCUCUUCUGUGGCACCCACCUCUCUUCCUGCUGCUUCAGGUUGUGGUGGUCAGACCGUCGUGCUUUCCCACCAUUCAUCACAGCCUACAGCUGUAAUGACAACUUCAGCAGCACCAAUGUUCACGACCAACUCCACCAACAACCUCACCAGCACAGGAACACUACAGAAACCUGAUCGGUUCCAAGCCAAUUCAGCCAACCAAAUAUGGCAGAUAUUCUACUGAAUAGAGAACCAAUUCAAAUGUGGUAACUGAACACUUUCAACCUCAUCAGAUAUCAGAUUGGCUAUUCUUCACCUAUUACUUGAUGCAUCAGAUACACUUCCUGUUUUGUUUUCAACUGUUGGAAUAUGGUUUGUGAGCACUGCAUGUUCCAGUGUCUCGAAGGUUUUCAGAUCCUGGGGGCUGGCAGCAGUGCUACACACCUAUUUGCAUUUUCUGUUUCUAUGCAAAUUGGUUCAAAAAUCACAUGGACGCACGUGAAUAUACACAUGAGUGUGUGUGUGUGUAUGUUUAUAUAUACAUAUAUGUCUGUGUAUGUAUAUAUAUAAUAUUUAUAAACAUAGCUUAAGUCAGGAAAAAAAAAGAUUUUAUUGUGGGAUAGAAUCUGUUCUUUCACUCUGCCUUUUGCUCUGCUUAUAUCUUACAUUGUUUACAUCAUAAGAAUUUAGAAACUUCAAGGGAUAUGAAAUAAAUUGUUUUGUUUGUUUUUUUUCCUUAAUGGUCAAACACAAAAUAAAGCUAUAAAUAAUAGCCAGUAAAUACUGAGUUACAAAGCCCCAUGGGUAGAAGAAGUCAAAGGCUUCCUUCAGUUUUUUUUUCUAUUAGAGGAGUUUUUUUAACACAGUAUUUAUAUACUAUCAUUUAUAGCUUUCUCUUUUGAGUUCCACCAUUCAAAACAAUUUAUUUAUCAUUGUGUGUGUGUGUGUGUGUGUAUAUAUAUAUAUGUAUGUAUGUAUGUAUAUAUAUAUAUAUAUAUAUGUGUGUGUGUGUGCCAGCAUUUUAUUUAUUUUUUUUAUUAUUUCUUUAAAAACAUAGAAUGUAACGGUGAAGAAAACACUUUUGUAUUUUAUACCAUGAGUCGAGAAUACACUAGAUUUUAUGUUUCCCUAUCACUACCACUUCCACCACCCAACUUCAUUUCAAUUUUAUAAAGUAUGCUGUUUUUUUUACCCUUUCUCCCAUUUACUUUUAAAUUUGAAGAAAAAAAAUGAAAAAAAAAAUAACAGGGAAAUGUUUUAGUCUCACUAAUUGCAUAACUGUUCAA